AUGUCAAACGCAUUGCGUGCGACGCUGGUGAAGUAUGAGACGCCUGUACUGCUCUCUGAGGUGAAGCGUCGAAAGGCGAUAAAAGAGAAAAAAAAGGAGACACUUGGGCCGAAGAUCGUCCCGCAGCCUGAGGAUGUCUUGUACAGCAUUAUUCCCCCACGCGAAUACGAGGAGGGUGGUGAGCGCUGGGUGCAGUUCGUCUCCAGUACUCCCGCCACAAGAUUAGAUGUAAUUAACCUACAAGAACGUCUGGAUGCUCUUCUUCAGGAGCGGCGAGCGCGGGAAACGGGGAUUUGCCCGGUGCGUGAGGAACUUUAUCGCCAGGUCUUUGAGGAGCUCAUUCGCCAAGUAACCGUGAACUGUGCGGAGCGUGGGCUUCUUCUCCUUCGGGUACGAGAUGAACUUCGCAUGACGUUUGACGCCUACCGUUCGCUCUACGAGAGCAGCGCCGCCUACGGUAUGCGUAAGGCGCUUCAAGCGGAGCAGAGCAAGAUAGAGAUGGAGGCGAAGAUUCGCGCCUUGGAGCGAGAGAGGGAGGACCUGAAGCAAAAGGUGGAUGAGUUAGAGGCCCGAUGUGAUGCCAUACGGGAGCAGGAGGAGGAGCGUCGCUUGGAGGAGGAAAAGAAGCACAACGAAGAAGUUUCCUUUUUCCGUCGCACCUACGAAACACUUACGGCAAACCUGCAGACGGUUUGCAACCCGACAAGGGCAUCAACGUGA